GAAGAAGACGACAUUCGUUCUCGUGUGCUCGCUGUUCUGGCCUAGUCCGAUUAGUCGAGAACAGCCUCCCACAAAACGUUCUUUUGCAUCGCGUUGGUCAACUCGCAAUUUUGUGAAGUCACGCUGUUCUCUAUACGCAAGUGGCGGCGAAUUUCUUGGUCCUGGAAAGAACUGACUCGGACUUCCACCGUCAGCGCGGCCGCCACUGUGGGAUCUUCCCGGAGGCGCUGAGUCAUGGAAUACACGUCAGCAUUUCCGCUGCGUAGUCGCGCGGAAGCGGCGUCCACCUUGCUGAUCGGAUACUCGGCACCUUUCUACGCGCUGCCCAUCUUCAGCAGAAAGCAUCCGGAGGCCCGCUGCGCGUACUGCCUGCUGGUGCUGGUGGUGUGGACUCUGAUGCAGGUGCUGCCGGCUCCCGUGGCCUGCAUGUUUCCGCCGCUCGUGCUGGCCGCCUCGAACACCAUCAGCGACGACGACGCCAUUGCCGGGUACGCGUCGCCGUACGCGCUGCACGUCGUGGCCGUCAUGCUGUUCAUCCGGCUGGGCCACUCGCUGAGCCUGUUCGACCGCGCCGCCAUGGUUGUGAUCCGCCACAAGGGGACGCGCGUACGCUCGCUGAUGCUGGUCUUCUCUGCGUUGUCUCUGCUCGCCACGCUGUUCCUGGACAACGGCGUCACCACGCUGCUGAUGGCGGCGCUCAUUGAGCGCGCCGCCAAAGCGCUGCAGGACACCACCAUCCAGGCAUACCAGAAGAGGGCACUCUUCAACAAGUGCGAGCUGUUUCAUACGUGA